AUGCGCAGAGAGCCCCUCGCUCCCUGCGCAGCCGUUUGGCUUGGAGAAAGCCCGGCGGGGGGUGUGACAGGGGCGGAGCUUGUCCAUCGUGUUACCCGCCGCCUCCAGUCCUGCGUGGAGCGGCCCCAGUUCCUCUGCGCGCGCGCACAGGCAUCCGGCCGCGCCGCCAUGCUGGGCCUCCGAGCCCUCCUCUUGCGGGGGGCGCGCGGGGCCUGGGGCUGCCCCCAGGUCCAUGCAUCUUUGGCUACAGGGCCCAGGCAAAAUGAUGGCACGUUUUAUGAAAUUCGUACCUAUGAUGUUAAGCCAUCCAAGAUGAAGGAGUUUGUGGAAUUGGUCAAUAAACACAUCCACCUUCGUGCAGCUCAUUCAGAAAUGGUUGGAUUCUGGACUGUGGAGUUUGGGGGCAUGAAUAAGGCGAUCCAUAUUUGGAAGUUUGAUAACUUUGUGCAUAGAGCCGAAGUCCGGAAAGCACUAGCCAAUGAUAAAGAAUGGCAAGGAAAAUUCCUCUCUCCAGUUCUGCCCUUCUUGAAUAAACAAAACAAUGAAAUUGUUUACCUGGUACCUUGGUGUGAGAUUGGGAAGCCUUCAAAGGAAGGGGGGGUGUAUGAGAUGGUAACUUUUCAGAUGAAACCUGGUGGGCCGGCUCUGUGGGGCCAAUCGUUCAGAGCUGCAAUCAAUGCUCAUCUCAAUACAGGCUACACGAAGCUGAUUGGUGUUUUCCACACAGAAUAUGGAUUACUUAACAGAGUUCAUGUGCUCUGGUGGAAUGAGAACCCUGACAGCCGUGCAGCAGGGAGGCAUUAUGCCCAUGAGGAUGCCAGGGUGGUAGCAGCUGUGCGGGAGAGUGUUAGAUUCCUGGAGUCCCAGCAAAAUAUGCUUCUGAUUCCUUUGCCUUGUUCACCAUUGAAAUAGUUUUCUACCAACUGAUGUAAUGGCAGACAACACAACUUUCAUACAGCAUUUUUAUCCUGAACUGUCAUGUGGGUCUCAAUACCAAUACAAUCUAGCCAAAUAUUCUUCAGUUUACUGUAUGUGGAUAAAACCUGAAUUCACAUGCUUAAUCUUGUAGUCCUCUGCACUCUGUGCACAAUAAGAAUUCAAGGCCUGCCCACCAUGCCGUGAACUCUACAAAUGCUUCAUAUUAGCCAUGAAUUUCUCAUCUUAUUGCCACUUGAAGAUGCAUCCAUGCAGAAGUAUUCUAGAAUGGGUACAAAAAGGCAAAAGGCCCUUUCCAAAGCUCAUAGCUGUGCCAGCGCAAGGAUAAUCGGAGAGCUGUUAUCUGUAUAAUGUACUUUGCUGCUUCCUGAGAAGGUCACAUCUUCCCAGUUACUACUUGCCCUAAAAAGCAGGAAUCUUAACCUAGGUUUUGCAUGCUGACCAUACAUCUCACUGGUGCGUCUGCUUGUAUUUAUUAUUUUUAAUGAGGUUGGAAUUAGGUAUGAAAAAUGUUGCAGUAAAAUUGGUUAAGUGGUGAUAUAGGGAACUCAGCUUAAGUAUCAGCAGAACCUUUUUCACUUGAACUACUGUAUUGCAAUUCACUUAAAUUCUUUCUGUUGUGGGUCCACAGCCCUUUAUUCAAUUAUGACUGAACAGUAAGUUACAUGGAUCACAUCUCCAUGCAAAUACUUGUUUAUUGUGCUGAAACCGAUUAUGAAUGAACUAAUUAAUUCUGAGAGUUUAUGGAUUGUGUAUCAGAUAAACUGGUCCACUAAAGUACAUAUGGUAUACUUUUGGAGAAAGCUUUGCCAGACUGUAAAGCUUAAAGCGUAAUAAAAGCAUUGAUUGUUGUUCUGCA